AUGAAGAGAGGGGUUGAUCAAGAGGUGACGGAAAUCGACCUGGGAGAUACUGAAGAGCGAGACAACUCUGACACGCCGCCCUGGAAAACCCAACUGGAGACGGUUUUAGAAGAAGAAGAGGAGGAGGAGGAGGAAGAAGAGGAGGAGGAUGUCAUUUCUACACAGAGUGACACCAGGCCCCUGCUCAACGAGAGAGAUCCCCGACAAAUGAAUGAAUGCCUUAAGGUGAGCUUCGAGGAUGUGAUCGCGGAGCCCGUGUCGGUGCGCAGCGGGGACAGGGUUUGGAUCUGGAGCCACGCCCUGUUUGAGGUGUCCAGAGUCUGGAUCUAUCGGAUCAUCACGGUCCUCCUGGCUGUGCCAGUGUCCGUCAUCGCCGGGAUCCUCUUCGGUAUCCUUAGCUGCCUUCACAUCUGGCUCUUCACACCCUGUGUAAAGCUGGUUCUGAUCAACACGGGCUGGCUGCAGACCCUCUGGAGCAGCUUUUUGGAUAUCAUCGUUCUUCCUUUCUUCCGGAGCGUGGCCAAGUGCUGCGGCGGCAUAAGGGUCAGGCUCUCACAGGACUGA